AUGCUUCGCUCCAUUGAAGAGGCUAACAAGCCAGCCAAGAGGGGCAAGAAGCCUGAAUCGCAGAAGGAGGGACCAGUCACAAAACCAACCAAGGGGCAGACCCCCAAGAAGCGAAAAACUGAUAAGGCUGCUCCUUCUCAACCUCAACCCAAAAAGCAGAAGAAGCCUGCUAGGAGACUUAUUCUUCAAUCCUCCAGCGAUUCAGAUUCAGAAUAUGUUCCUACUAAGCAGAAGAACGCUCUACCCUCAGAUUCUGAGAACGAAAGUUCUGAUGAAGAGGCUUCAGACCGAGGGGACACUCCGCCUCGCUCCCCUACUCCAGAAAUUCUGGUUCGUUCUUUGCCUCCUUCACCUCCACCUGUAACAAUUCCAGUUUCAAUCCCUCAUAUCUCUCCUAUAACUACCUCUCAACCAUUCACUACUAUUCCUAUUCCCACUCCCAUUUUCACAGAUACAACCUCUACCACUACUACUAAACCUACCUUUACCGCUCCCAAUCCACCUGUAACCGAACCUCCUUUUACAACCAAACCUACAUUCACAACCGAACCUCCACCUUCUUCAAAACCCUUAUCUCCUACACAAUCUACUGAAACAACACCCAUUUUGGGCGGUGAAGACUUGGAAUUCGAUUCAACUUAUUUCAGUCCUUAUCGAGUGCAGAGUGAGUAUGAUGAUGACGAGCCCAUUACCAAACGUCAUCUCAAAGCAGUAAAUGACAAGCUUGAUCAACUGCUUUCCUCUUCCUCCUCUGGUACCCCCUCAGAAGCUGCUUUCAAAACAUUGUUCUCGUCGGUUGUUGUCGAACACAGUGCUACCCUAUCUGCUGCAGCCAAGGCUAUUAAAGCCUCAUCUUCCCAAUAUUCCUUGCAGGUUGUUGCUGCCAAGAAUGCUGCAACUGUCAACACCUCAGUAGAGACUCUUCAAUCUGAGUGUUCGAAACUGGAAGCGGCACGCCAUGCCAUUGAAGAAGAAAAUGCAUCGCUCCAUGCUAAAGUCAACGAACGCUUAACUCAACUGGAAGCGGACUUAGCUAUGGAAAAUCGAAUUAUGGACGAGCUUGACAGACGUACGGUCCAACUUAAAUUGCAACUACACAAGGUGCAUACUACUAAUACUGAGAUUAAUGACCUCAAGUCAGAAAGGGAGGUUAUCCGGAGUUCUGCUGCCGAUGUUCACUCCAUCCUCCUUCACCUUAUUGAGGCGAGUGAUCCACUUAUCACUAUCACUGUCAGAAGGCAUUUGGCAGACAAGCUCAGACCAGCACUGGACGUUCUCAACCGUAUCGAGGGUGUUCCAGUGACUAAGGUCCAACCGAAACAAGGGGGAGAGAAAGAGUCAAAGCAGUAA